GUAUAUUUCGAUAAAUCGGUCACACUGAACAUCACAUCCCUGGCAUUUUAAUUUAUGAAAACUGCGCGUGUUUUUGUUAUUUCCUUAAAGUAGUUAAAAGUUAUAAAAAUAAGUUACAAAGUUUAGUUACAAAGUUAAGUUAAAAGUUAAGUCCCCAGAGAACGCUGCUGCCCAUUUGCAAAGAAGAGCUAUUAACCUCUUGUAAAAAAAACGCGGGUAUAAUCUCGAUAUGGCAGCAUGCGACUUAUACUUCGUAUUCCUAAUAUUUGCGGCUCAUAAAUUGACUGACGCUGUGAAGUUAAACCAACCGCGAGUGUUGCUUCCCAUUUUCAACGACAAACCCGUCAACUUCACUUUGGAGGUGGACGAACGAAAUUGCUACAAAUGGACAUCUUCCCGUCAAGACCUUAUAUCUGUGCAACCGGUGUAUCAUGGCUUCAGCGAAUGCGCCUACGAGGCAGUGGUCACAGUGCGGACCCGCGAGCGACGCCGCAACACGGCCAUCGUGUUUGCAGAGGAAGUGCAGACCGGUGCCAUGCUGCGCUGCGACGUAAUAGUGGACAAAAUUAGCAGUCUGAACGUGUGGACUGCCACACGGCAGCUCUACCUGGAGGAGGCGCCAGCGAUCUUCGAGCUGCACGCCUUCGACUCUCAGGGCAACGAGUUCUUCACCCUCGAGGGAAUCGAGUUCAACUGGGACAUCUCGGAGCAUGACAGCAAGAAGCCGCCCGCAAUGCGGUUCCUCACCAUCUCGAAAAGCCCCUACCACACUGUGCCCCCCGCCCUCAAGAAGUUCGAAGCCGCUGGCAUCAAGGGCUACAUGAUCCUGCUGGAGGGUAUCAAUACGGGCACUUCAAAGAUAACAAUCACAAUGCCCUAGGCCGAGUACAGCAAUGUGAAGCCCC